UCACCUUCUGUCUAACAGGCUUAGCAUCCACGUCACUCUUCCUGUUUUAGCAGUAAUCUGGUGUGCUUCAGUAGAUGGAAACACCUCUCAAAACCUCCAAUUGGACUUUAAAUUCUGGGAAAAGGAACUCAAAUUAGCAGUGAGCAAAUACAGGGAUGGUCUAUAAAGCACUGUCAGAGUUGCAAGUGUUCCAAGGUAGUGCAUCAUUUCCUGUGACCCCACAAUUGCCUCUAAGAGCGCUCAUUAUGUACAAACAGGACUGGCACUUGACUGUGGGGAAGGGGCGUGUGUAGAGGCUGCCCUCAAGUCAGGAUACCCACAUCCUGAAUCUGCCAAGAAGCUGGCAUCAUGGCUAGAAGCUCUGCCGACUCUGAGCUGAAGGGGUGGGAGUCCAGGAUCACCCACGAGACGCUCAAGUCCUUGUACCCUCCAGCAGUGGCCAACCCCUUCUUGCAGCAGACACACAUCAGCACAUGGCGCUGGGCCUGCAUCAUCCUCCUGGGCACCGUGCUGGUACCGAUGCGGGUGUCCUGCAUGGCCUUCCUCUUUAUCUUCCUCUGGCCGGUGGCCGCGCUGUCCACCAUUGGCCGUGCACAUGCUCAACCCGCCAUGCCUGACUGGAGUUGGAGAAUGAAACUGACGAAACCGGCCCUCAGAUUCUUACUUUGGGCAACAUUCUUUUCUGCUGGGUUCCUAGUGAGAGUGAAAGGGAAAAAGGCGACCCAAAAGGAAGCCCCCAUCUUGGUGACAGCACCACACUCCACCUUCUUUGAUGCCAUCGCCUGUGUGGUGGCGGGGUUACCUUCCGUGGUCUCUGCAAGUCAAAAUGCAAAGAUCCCAAUGGUUGGGAAAAUCCUACUGUCCAUGCAGCCUGUGUUUGUGACCCGAGAAGACCUCAAUUCCAGGAGGCACACCCGGGAGGAAAUCCUGAAGCGAGUGACAUCCAACAGGAAGUGGCCACAGAUACUGAUCUUCCCAGAAGGAGUGUGCACAAACCGCUCCUGUCUAGUCACGUUUAAACUAGGGGCCUUCUCUCCAGGUGUCCCUGUGCAGCCUGUGCUACUCAGGUACCCAAACACCCUGGACACGGUGACUUGGACCUGGCAGGGGUUUACAGGCUUCCAGGCUUGUAUACUGACCCUGAGUCAACCCUUCACCAGGGUGGAAGUUGAGUUUAUGCCUGUUUACAUACCAAGUGACGAAGAAAAACAAGACCCCCUGCUUUUUGCCAAUACAGUAAGAAUUCACAUGGCAAAUGCUCUGGGGGUGCCUGUGACAGACCACACCUUCGAAGACUGCAGGCUGAUGAUUUCUGCCGGGAACCUUCAACUACCGAUGGAAGCUGGUUUGGUGGAAUUUACAAAAAUUAGCCAAAAAUUGAAAUUAGAUUGGGAUAACAUCCAUAAGCAUCUGGAUGAGUAUGCUGCAAUUGCAGUUGCUUCCAAAGGAGGAGAGAUAGGAAUCGAAGAGUUUUCGAGUUAUUUAAAACUCCCAGUUUCAGAGCCCUUGAGACAACUGUUCACCCUCUUUGACAGGAAUAAGGAUGGCAGCAUUGACUUCAGAGAGUAUGUCAUAGGGCUGACCGUCCUGUGCAAUCCCACUAACACCGAAAAGCUCCUGCAAGUGUCAUUUAAGCUCUUUGAUCUCGAUGAGGAUGGUUUCGUAACAGAACAGGAAUUUACGGCUAUAAUGCGGGCAGCCUUCGGGGUGCCAGAUCUUGAUAUUUCCAGACUCUUUCAGGAAAUAGCUGGACAGAACUCAACUUACAUUUCAUAUACGCGCUUUAAGAAAUUUGCCCUGAAGCAUCCAGUGUAUGCCAAGUUAUUUCAUUCAUACUUAGACCUCCAGGCAACCUAUGUAUAUUCAUCACCACAAGAAGUACAGUCUUAGUUACUGAGUUACUGUAUUCACAUGUUAAAACCUAGCC